AUGUUGCUCAGCGAGCGCGUAAUAGCAACUCCGCAGCGGGAAACGGCAAUGGAUCGCCUUUUGAACUCUCUCGAAGAUCAAGGAAUGAAUAUGGAACGCCAGGAAAAAGAUGAGAAGGAAGGGACGGCUCCCGUGCCAAAAGUGGCGCGGCUUCUGCGCGACGGCCAGGGAAAGUUUAUGUAUAUCGGUGAUUCGGCGAGUUUGUCAUUUUUACAGAGCCUGCGCCGUGUUGUUACGUCUUCCAUUGGCCGGUGUGAGUUCACCGAGGACAACUCGCGACAUUCGAUGCUCGAGGCCUUUCAGAGCAACUCAAGCACUCAGCCCGGAGCUCUAGUUACACCACCAAGCAACGACGAAGCCCAGCGACUGGCUCGUCAGUUUGUGCUUGCUACAAGCCCGUUGCUAGACUUGUUCGACUUGGAGGAGUUCCACCCACGACUAGCUAAUUGGGUUGCGAACCCAUCCGGUGACGAAGAUACCGUUAGCUCUAUCUUCUAUCUUGUCCUUGCCAUUGGAGCUCAGGUUUCAGAUAUUGAUCAGACGGUAGCUGAACAAUAUUUUAGCAGCGGUCGUCAAUUAGCGUUCUUAGCCUUUCAGGAAACCCCCAGCAUACACACCAUUCAAUCAUAUAUUUUGGUUUCCAUGUAUAUGCUCGGCGCAUGCAGGCGCAAUGGUGCAUUUAUGAAUCUGGGGGUUGCGUUACGUGCUGCCUAUGCGGUAGGAAUCCACCGCAAGGAUGCAAAUGCGCUCUUCUGUGGGCGUGAGCGUCGAGCGAGGGAGCGAGUCUGGAAGAGUCUCCGGAUGAUGGAUCUAUUCCUUAGCGCCUCCCUAGGACGCCCUCCCGCAACCACAGACUAUGACUAUGACAUACGUGAAGAUACUCUUAUAUCGGGAGGGCCACAACCCCAUUUGACCGCAGAUCAACAACUUUCUGCUGCGGUGAUCUCGCUUUGUCGAAUAUUCGAACGGAUCUUGACCGAUGUCUACAUGAAGCAAGUCAUAUCGAUCAAUGUUGCAGAGAAGAUCUCCAACCAGCAUCGGGCUUGGGUUCGCACUCUGCCAACAAUUCUCAAAAUGCAGACUGAGCAGCUCGAAAACAAGUCGAUGGAAAAUAGCCUAGCUGCAGCUCAUGUGUUCGGGUCAUAUUACUGGUCGAUCAUCCUCUUGACACGGCCGUUCCUCAUAUAUCGUGUCGCCCAAUAUGUCAAAGGCAAAACCGACCCAACUUCCGAGAAUCGAAACGGUAGCUCCCGAGUAUCCUUGUUUGCCGAUGCAUGUGUCUAUUCCGCACUCCGAGGUCUAGACGUGGUGGAUGGCCUCAGCCAUUACACCUCCCUUCCACGUCGACUACCCUUUUUAAUCAACUCCGUUUUUAACUCUGUCAUCGUCCUCGGGGCCGCGUUCUUCGCCGACUACGAUAAUCUCCUCCCCUUGGAAGAAGGAAUGAACAAAGCCGAACGGUUCCUAGGGCUAUUUGUCCCGCACGAUCCACACGCAUGUCGUUUCUUCCAGAUAAUCAAAUACCUCCGCGCUGCUAUAGCCGAAUACGUUUCCCAACGAAAUCGACAAUGGAUGAACAGGCGUAGCAAACAGGUUGACCAGCUCUUUGGCCAAGUAGGCGGAGACGAGGAUCGCAACUCCCCAGGAGUUCCACCUUUCACUGGCCCAGGUGAUAUUCACUCACCUGCAACUGCAACUGCACUAUCCCCUACCUCCCCUGACACAAUUCCCGCUGGAACUUCAUCCUCCUACAUCCCCUCCCAACCACCCGCUCAACCCCAAUUUUCAACCGACAACGAUGUUUGGGAAGCCCUGUGCAAUGGCUCAGACCCCACUGCAACCCUGUCCUACGAUGCAGCCAUUUCCGCGUUAACCACCUCGGGUAUCCCGGUGGGCUGCUCUCCUGGCGGGACUAUUCCUUCCGGUCCGCCCCCGGUUUCCGGCCCAUCUCCGCUUUCUGAUGUCAUGUUCCCCGAUAAUGGACUAUUGUACAUGGCCGAGGAUUUUCCGGUCUUUGGCACCUGGGGGGAUGAGCCGUGA